UAUACAAUUCAACGGUCAAGAUCUCUUGACAGAGCUCUCUCUCGCUUCUCCUACCCCUCUCUCGUUCUCUAAGCUCUUAGUUCUUUGAUUUUUCCUGUCUAGGUUUUUGGAAUUAAGGGCUGGGUUGAAUUUGAGGUGGGGGGUUUAAUUGUCUGAAAAGCCAUUGUGGGUUUUGAUAAUGAAGGAGAGAGAUUUCAUGGGUUUGAGCAGCUCGAAAGAGUCGGCUGUGUUGAAGGAGGACAACAACGACGAUGGUUGCAGAGACUCUGGGUUGACCAGUGGUGGUGGUGGUGGUGCGCAUUGGCCCUUCUUGAACAAGGUCUCUGCAGUUCCUCAUUUCAUGUCUUUUAAAGGUGAUCAGGAAGAUAAGACGAAAAAGAUGGUACCUGAUUCCUUCUUGUCUUCCAGAUUUGUGCCUUUAUCAACUUCAGAUGCAUUUGAUCCUUGUCAGAGACGACCGACAUGUGAUGCACAGCAGUACAUCAAUCACGAUCGGCAAGGUGGUAGUCAUUUUCCCCUAACAGCAUAUCCUACGCCACAUAAUCUGCAGUCUAUGCACCGUCCUUAUGACAUGAAGAUGGUUUCAGUUUCCAAUCAAGGUAUUUCUGUUCCUAUGGGCAACCCAUACUUGAAGAAUCAUUUUGCAUCUAUGGGUCAGAAUUUUGCUGUUACUACCACCAAGCAACAAUCCUUUGGAGGAAGUCCUGUGACUACUACAUAUUUAGUUCCUCCAAGUUCAGGGUCCCUUGUUGGGACCACUGAACCACGAAACAAUGUCAAUACAUCUGGGCUUCCUUCUCAGAUGACAAUCUUCUAUGCUGGUAGUGUGAAUGUCUAUAAUGAUAUCUCCCCUGAAAAGGCUCAGGCUAUGAUGGUUUUAGCUCAGAAUGGUUCUUCCAACCCUUCUAAUGGUGCACACUCAAAAGCUGAAACACCAAAAAAGUUGCCUGCAGAAACUGGUGUUCCAGUGAAUCAGGCUAUAAAUCCACCGCCUUCUGCUUUCCCUAGUCCCUUGUCUGUUUCCUCACAUACUGGUACCCAAUCAGUAAGUGGGUCCACAAGCGCUGAUGAACUGAUAACAGCUAAACCCACAGGGCUUCCAACAACUCCUGUUAGUAAAGUAGAGCCUCAAAAAACUGCAGUUAAAUCUGUUGCUGCAACGGCUAUGAAUCACACUGCUAUUCCACAGGCUCGCAAAGCAUCCUUGGCUCGAUUUUUAGGCAAGCGCAAAGAAAGGGUAAUAAAUUCAGCACCAUACAACUUGAGCAAGAAAUCAGCAGAAGGUAGCAACCCCGAAUCUAAUGGAAAGAAUUCCCCACAAGCAAAGGAGAACAACAAUGAUGUACGAUGCUAGCAUUGAACCAGUUAUUUUAUGUUGUAAGUUAAAUAUAUACAGCAUAUUGUACCAUGAAAUCCUUGUUCCGUGAUUGCCUAGAUUUGGGAGUUUGAAUUAAGGGUUCUACUUGUGUUGUAUCUCCAAGCUGUUUGCAGGGGGAUUUCAAUGUACCUGAGAGUGUGAGGGGGUAAAUCCCCCUAUGUUCCCCUAUUGUUUUAAAUGGUGGUGGUUGAAUCCAUUUUCGGAUUAUGUAAGUUUGCAUUUUGUAAAGUUGAGUACCUUGUGUCCUGAA